AAAAAAAAAACAGCGAAUGUUUAAUCGCAAUCCUUCCACGGACUAAUUAAGUAAACGCUUAUAUUACAUGCAGAGAGCAAACUGAUUAAUUGGGUGGUAGACAAAAACGAAACCAGACGUAACACAGGGUAUGAAUCAAUCGAGAAUUUGUUUUUUGAUGGACAAACGUAUUGCCUCAUCAGGAACAAGCAACCUUUGGACUCUACGAAUGCUAUGAUGCAAGGUCUCCAAAACAUCACGUGGGUAUAUACCGGUAUAAGGAACGAGUUCUGAUUGGCGUAUUGCACCACACCCCCAGCAGUUUCUUCGCACAUCUUUUGUGAAAAUAGCAAAUUUUUACCUUAUGCCGAUAUCAACUGUUCCUUUGUUGUAGAUGUGCUAACGGACGAAAGUUCUACAAACAAUGUGGAUUUUUGGUAUUUUCUCGUUGUUUUGUGUUUUACCCUGCAGCUCGUUUUUCUUGUCAGAACUACUAUGGACUGAUAGCAGUGAAACAGAAAAACGCGGCAAUGAAACAACGGAUGAACUGAAGACGCUGAAACAGCAAAAUGCUACAUUUAAUGGGAGUAUUGACCUUAUCAAAAACGCAGACAACUUUACCGAAGAGAGUAAUAUCUCUACAGAACAAUCAAGUACAAGUGCUGCACUCACUGUUACUCCCCUGGGAAGGAAUACAACAGAAAAUACAACAGAGAAUACAAAAGAAUAUCAUGAUACAGCGGACGAGGAAGAAGAGCAAAAGGAAGAGGAACGAAUGCACAUCGAGUAUAUAAAAAGGCAGCUAAUGGCUAAAUUGCGUCUUUCCUCCGCGCCCGUGUCCAAGAGUGACGCGUCGGUCCUGCCCUUAGCGGAGUUGGGGAGGGGUUUCCUUCAGACCCAGCAUGACCAAGGACAAAAGAAAUACAAGCCGCAUCACUUUUACGCCAAGGCGCUGCAAAUCUACGUCAUAGGAAACGACGAAACGGAGAACUGCAGUUACCGGAAGUCGGCCGGUUGCUACUAUUUUGACGUCAAUGGAAAGGUGCCAGCCAGUGAUGUCCAAAAAGCCGAACUGUGGAUCUAUAAACUCUUCUACCACCGAGAUCCAGUGGUCCAGACUUUUGUUGUAUCGGAACUCGGAAGAACCAAUAGAGCGGAACGGAAGGUUCGUCCACGCAACAUCAUAAAUAGGUUCGAGACCAAAAUUAAGCACGGUUGGCUGAAAAUUGACGUCACAGAGACAGUUGUACGGUGGCUACAAAAACCCGCUAGGAACGAUGGGAUAUCUAUACUGUGUAAAGGAUGUCAAAGGAAGAAUCACAAGACAAUAUUUAGUUCUAAAUAUGAUUCCAUGCCAUUCCUGGCAAUAACAACUAGAAAAAGUCACAGGAGUCGGCGCUCAAAGCGGUCUGCGCCUGUGGCAUGUUCACUGGGAUAUGAGGGGUGUUGUUUGGCGCCUCUAGAGAUCAACUUUGACGAAAUCGGUUGGACUGGAAUUAUAGCUCCAAAAAAGUUGAACUAUGCUUAUUGCAAAGGCUCAUGUAAUGACGAAAUCGACGCCCACAGUAAUCACAGCAAAAUGGUACAAGAGUACCGAUACUCCAAUGUCGCAACGGACAAAGAAAGGCGGGAAAUGACGCCAUGUUGUGCCCCAAUAUCAUUUUCCGCGCAGUCCAUGUUAAUAAGGAUCGAUUCUACAGUAAUCCAUCAGAAUAUCCCGAACCUGAUACCGACUGCAUGCGGGUGUCUGUGAUGAUGUUUGGACGAUGACAAAUAAGGAUAUAGGGCAAGCAACGAUCAAUGCAAUUAAACUACGAUCAAGCCAUUAUUUUUAUUUGUUUUCUAUGAAAAUAAUUAUUGUUACCAUUGUUACGGAGUAAAUAUGAUAGUAUAUAUAUCACAAAUCCUCAAAAAUAUAGAACAUUUAAAUCUCGAUAUUUUUUAUAUUGACCUUGUGUGUAGAUAACACUAUCCAACUUCUGCGUCUUUUGGUCCGUUAUGACAAUCGGCUAACUUUGAGAGGAUUUUCAUUUUCAUAGAAACGUUGACGGUGGAAUUUUUAGAAUCUCUACAUUUACAUGUAGGAUGUUAUUUUGUUUGUUGAUUUUCAUGUAAAUAAAUUAUAAUUCUUUGUA